AUGGAGAUCCCCGUGAUUCAAGCAAAUGAGGUUCAUCAAAGUGGCUAACACCCUUCACAGACUCAAAAACUAUAUUAAUAUUGACUACUCAUUAUAUGGCCAUCUCUUACAACUAUGCAAAGAACAUCACCUUAUUCGCCAAGGCAAACAACUCCAUGCUCGUCUUGUUCUAUCCUCAACCAUCCCCAACAACUACCUUGCUUCAAAGCUUAUCAAUUUUUACUCAAAAACCAAACACUUAAAAGAAGCACACCAGGUGUUCGACGAAAUACCUGAGAGAAAUACAUUUUCUUGGAAUGCCCUUUUAAUUGGUUACUCUUCACAGAAUUACCAUGUAGAAACACUCAAGUUGUUUUCUUCAUUUUUGUUGAACAAUUUUGAUGUGAAACCCGAUAAUUUUACGGUUACUUGUGUGUUGAAAGCUGUUUCUGGGGUGUUGGGGGACUCUAUUUUGGUUAAAAUGAUUCAUUGUUAUGUUGUUAAAAAUGGGUUUGAUUCGGAUGUGUUCGUAUUGAAUGGUUUGAUCAGUUCUUACUCGAAGACGGGUGAUAUGGUAUUGGCAAAAAGUGUGUUUGAUGAAAUUCUUGAAAGGGAUGUUGUGUCUUGGAAUUCGAUGACAUCGGGUUAUUCUCAAUGUGGGUUUUACGACGAAUGCAAAGGGUUGUAUAGAGAAAUGGUGAAGUUAGAAGGGUUUAGACCUGAUGGGGUCACGGUAGUGAGUGUUUUACAAGCUUGUGCACAGUCGAAUGAUCUUAUUUUGGGAAUGGAAAUUCAUCAUUAUAUUAUUGAAAACAAGAUUGAAGUUGACAUUUCAGUUUUUAACUCGAUUAUUGCUCUGUAUUCUAAAUGUGGUAGCUUGGACUACGCAAGAGAACUUUUCGAAGAGAUGAGUGAGCGGGAUGAGAUAACUUAUGGUGCAAUGAUUUCAGGCUACAUGACUUAUGGAUUUGUUGAUAAAGCUGUUAGUCUUUUUCAAGAGUUGGAGAAACCAAGCUUGAGUGCUUGGAAUGCUCUGGUGUCAGGUCUAGUUCAGAAUAAUCUGUACAAUCGAGCUUUAGAGUUAGUUCGUGAGAUGCAGUUAUCAGGUGUGCAACCUAAUGCCGUGACCCUCUCAAGUAUUCUUCCAGGAAUUUCUGAUAUAGCAUUUGCAAAAGGAGGGAAAGAAGUGCAUUGCUAUGCCAUUAAGAGUGAGUGUAAUCAAAAUAUCUUUGUCGCGACUGGACUUAUUGAUACCUAUGCAAAACUGGGUUUUAUACAAUUAUCAUUUCGAGUUUUUGAUCACACAAAAGAUCGGAGUGUCAUUAUUUGGACGGCAAUUAUCUCAGCGUAUGCUAACCAUGGAGAUGCCAAGGUUGCACUUGAUCUAUUUAAUGUGAUGCUGAGUCAUUGCAUAAAGCCAGAUUCUAUCACAUUUACUGCUGUACUGGCAGCUUGUGCUCAUUCUGGACUGGUUGAGGACGGUAGGAGAAUUUUCGAGUUGUUGGCAAAGUAUGGAAUUGAGCCUUUGGAUGAGCAUUAUGCUUGCAUGGUGGGAGUUCUAAGUAGGGCAGGUAAGCUAUCUGAAGCAGUUGAUUUAAUAGGAAAGAUGCCAAUUGAACCCAGUGCUAGGGUGUGGGGUGCACUCCUUAACGGGGCUUCAAUUUAUGGUGACGUUGAAGUUGGUAGAUUUGCAUGUAGUCGUUUGUUUGAAAUAGAGCCUGAAAAUACUGGAAACUAUACCAUCAUGGCAAAUUUAUACUCAAAAGCUGGGAGGUGGGAAGAAGCUCAAGAUCUUAGGAAGAACAUGAAAAAAUUUGGAUUGAAGAAGAUUACUGGUAGUAGUUGGAUGGAAACAUGUCAAGGCGUAAAAAGCUUUAUAGCAUCAGAUGAAUCAAAUGAAGAGGCUGGAGAGGUUUAUGGGGUAUUGGAAAGAUUGCUUGGUUUGAUGAGGGAUGAUGGUUACGUGAUGAUGGAUGAAUUUAACGAGGAAACCGUGUGACAAAAUCUGCUGCUAUGGGUAGGAGGUUGCACUGAAGAAGCAGUUUUGUGGGCUUCAUUAUUCAGAAGAAUUGGGUUCCUUGUCUUAUCGUGAGGAAGUAGAAAGUCGUUUAGCAAGCAUUAGUACUCUUCCUGUGGUGAUAGCAUGAUGCCAUUCUGUGGGAACUGAAGACACAACAUUUCAAGUGGUAAAAGUGCUCAAGAAAGAAUUCAAAUAUGGUGGAACUAGAAAGCGAAGAGACAUGUUAAGUCAGACAUGUUAAGUCAGAGGGUAUUUUGAUGUAAACACAUUUAUGCUUCCCCUGGAACAAUAUUCGUCGUUCAGUUGAUGAAAUACUUUGGAGAGAGGAUCAUCAGCUUCUGGAAGUCCUUUUGGAGGUCUAGCACCAGAUCUUCUGGUAUCUUGUUGCUGCACCGCCGCGCCCAUUCACAACAAUUAUAAUCAUUCAUCCAAGUAGAUGAUGCUUUCAUACCUGAUGCAUCACAUAGUUCGUGAUCCAAAGCCGCUGUCUUCUUGCAACCUAGCAAGUAUAAAGAUCUCAGUUUUUGAUGCAGAGAAUGUUUCACAAGUUGUCAAGUUCUAUUUACCAUUGUUUAUCACAAGAAGGUGCACAAAGUCCAAAAAAGCAGCUGUGAGAGAUGAAAAGGGAAGUGACAAGAGCCCUUGAUAAGUGCAGGCUACAGUGGGGAAUAACUUGCACCAAACUAAAUUAUUAUGGCUUUGUUUGUAGGGCCAAAGGGUGUACAUAUUUUCCAUGAAUGGGUCAAAUGAUAUUUUUGCUCUUCUGCUUGUUCUUUUUCACCAUGUUGUUAAACAGAGAUAAUGAAAAGAAAGGAAUAAUUGAAAUUGUUUAAACUGGA